AUGAACGCCCGGAACCUUCUCAGCCCUAUCUUGAUCGCGAUGCUCUUCCCUAAACUGGGAUCAGCAUUCCAUCUCCCCCGUCGCUCCAAUGCCCAUGCACCCUUCAACCCAGCAAAAAACCUAACAACACGUCAUUUCUCGUCGACCGAUGGACGGCCUAUCAACACCACUGGGGAUUUUGAGAUCUGGUACUUUGACUUCAUCUCGGAAGACCUGACAACUGCCGCCCAUAUGGCUUUCAACGUGACGCCUACAAAUCCAUCUAUACCAUCCUAUCCAAUUGAUGCAAUCUUAAGCUCUGUCGUUGAUAUAAUGCUGCCAAACAAAACGCAUUUCCUAAAGGAAUUUCACCCUCGCAGAGGGGCUGUGAGUGAGAGCCGAGACAUCAGUGCGGGACGGUUCGGUGACGACACGGACUACGUAUCGUGGAGAAGCGAUGUCAGUUUCAAUCGGGGAUCUAUGGAUAUUGACAUGCCAGGGGCGGAACUGAAAGGCCGAAUAAAAUGGGAGCAGGCUGCGCCGCCUCACCUACCCUGGGGCCUUUACGAGAAGGGCGGCACAUACGAGCUUGUACCGCACCUCUGGUGGACUAACCAGGGACCUGAUCUCACAGCGACGGUAGAAUUCGAAGUUGCUAUUGAGCACAUACGCUUCUCGGGCAUCGGAUAUCAAGACAAGAUCUGGGCGGAUCUCCCACUCCCCGCGAUUUUAGGCCCCUGGUACUGGGGCCAUGUCCGAAUUGGUGGAUACAGCUUGGUCUGGUACGAGCUGGUCUCCAAGUUCGGAGGCAAGUACUAUAGCAGCUACCUGGCACGCGACGGAGAGGUCUUGACCGCGAACUGUGCCAACAACACGCUUAGAGUUCAGCCGUUCGAUAAAGACGGGGUUUAUCUUCCACCAGAUGAUUUCAGUUUGCCCGCUGGUUUUAUAGUUUCCGCUUAUGUCCCCGGUGAAGGCCAAUUUACCGUCAAUGUUACCAACGAUGUGUUGUUCCUUGUGAUUCCUGACCCGGUUACUAGGCGGUGGAUCGGUCAUGCCACCGGGGGCUUCGAGGAUGGAGAUAUUUUCGAAGGAUCUGGCUUUUGGGAACAGGCUAUUAUUUGA